AUGGCUCUGGGUGUAUUUGGAGCGUUUAAGGGCAUUGAUGCCUUUGGCAGAACAAGCGAAGAUGUCAAGGUCAAGACAAGAACAGGGGCCUUUCUCACUCUUAUCUCGGCCUUUUUCAUCGCAACAUUUACCUUUAUCGAGUUUAUGGACUUUCGACGCGUAGGCGUGGAUACUGCCAUCGUUGUCGACCGCAGUCGUGGCGAAAAGCUCCAAGUCGUCUUCAAUAUCACCUUUCCCCGCGUUCCAUGCUUCCUUCUCAACCUGGACGUGACCGACAUUAGCGGCGACGUCGUCCGCGAAAUCACUCACCAUGUCGUCAAGACUCGUCUCGACCCCGCCGCCCAUCAGCCUAUUCCCGACGGAAUAUACCGUACCGAUCUCAAGAGUGACCUGAGCAAGCAACUCACUGCGACGAGCAAGGGCUAUUGUGGCUCGUGCUACGGCGGUCAGCCACCAGAGGGUGGAUGCUGCAAUACCUGCGACGACGUUCGGAGGGCAUAUACCGAUCGUGGAUGGGCCUUUGGAAAUCCCGACCAAAUUGAUCAGUGCGUCAGCGAGAAUUGGACAGAAAAGAUUAUGGCAAUGCAACGCGAAGGAUGCAACAUUGAGGGCCGUGUGCGUGUCAACAAGGUCACUGGCAAUAUGCAGUUCAGUCCCGGUCGCUCGUUUGUCGUCAACCGCCCAGAAGUUUACGCUCUGGUCCCUUACCUCAAAGACUCGAAUCACUUCUUCGGACAUCACAUCCACUCCUUGGAGAUCUAUGACUACGAGGAAGAUACCUGGACACGAAGAAAUCUACCUGAGCAAAUCAAGGAGCGCCUCGGUAUUACCAAACCCCCGCUUGAGGACGUCUACGCACAUACCGAAAGUGCCGAUUACAUGUUCCAAUACUUCCUAAAGGUUGUCAAAAGCUCGUAUAAGAGCCUCGACGGCAAGGCUUACUCGACCCACCAAUAUAGCACGUCGUCAUUUGAACGAGACUUGGCGACCAUGAGCCACGGCAAAAACGAGGACGGUAUCGAAAUCGUUCACGAGCGUCAAGGCGUACCCGGUGUCUUCUUCAACUUUGAGAUCUCGCCCAUGGAGGUCAUUCACAUUGAGCAGCGUCAGAGUUGGGCGCACUUCAUUACAUCUAUGGCUGCAAUCAUUGGCGGAGUCUUGACGGUGGCAACUCUCGUCGACGCGCUAUUAUUUAACACGCAAGGGCUCAUCAAAAAGGGUGCUGCGGCUGUUGCAGCAGACGGAAAGCAACCUUAUCAGCCAGCACCAGCCGUCAAGAUGAUGUAA